UCGACUUGUUUUCAUAGCUUUGCAAUAGUAAUAAAAACAGACGCUAUUCUUUAUGUUAUACAUCCGCUAAACAAUUAGGCUGUUGUACUAUCCAUAAUGGAUCAGUACGACACUUCCCAGCUCACGGAGUUCCCGCGCUUCGAGCCGGAAUCAUCGCAGAGCGGGGUAUCAACGUUCUUCAACAAACUGUGGAAGUUUCCGAUGUUCUCGACCGAAACGGGCGAGAGCACUGAGAACAAAGCUGCGGAAGACAGUAAAGAGGGGUCUCCGCAGAACGAGGAUGUGAGCAAGCAGGAGUACGACGACAAGCCGGAACAGGCGAGCUAUGCGGUCGAGUUCGAAGGACGGAGUUUGCAGAAUGUUCUGAGAAGGAUCAGUAGUCUGGUUGCGUUGGGGUCUAGCAGUGGCACAAAGUACUCGGACACGGAGCUGGCCCGCUACUGGAUGCCGGACGAUAUAUCCCGCGAGUGCUACGAGUGUGCGGCGCGGUUCGGAGCCCUGCGCCGGCGCCACCACUGCCGUGUGUGCGGGCAGGUCUUCUGCGGCCGCUGCUGCUCCCAGCGUGUGCCAGGUCAGAUCUUCGGGUGCGCAGGCGGACUGCGCGUGUGCAACUACUGCUGUAACGUGGUGCUGAGCUACCUGCGCGAGAAGGAGGCCGGGGAGAUCUCGCCAGACCUGCGCUCGCUGCAGGAGAGUCUGCAGGUAACGGCAUGAAGAACACUCACACUCGACCGGUCAGAUCAUCUACUGCUGUAACGUGGUGCUGAGCUACCUGCGCGAGAAGGAGGCCGGGGAGAUCUCGCCAGACCUGCGCUCGCUGCAGGAGAGUCUGCAGGUAACGGCAUGAAGAACACUCACACUCGACCGGUCAGAUCAUCUACUGCUGUAACGUGGUGCUGAGCUACCUGCGCGAGAAGGAGGCCGGGGAGAUCUCGCCAGACCUGCGCUCGCUGCAGGAGAGUCUGCAGGUAACGGCAUGAAGAACACUCACACUCGACCGGUCAGAUCAUCUACUGCUGUAACGUGGUGCUGAGCUACCUGCGCGAGAAGGAGGCCGGGGAGAUCUCGCCAGACCUGCGCUCGCUGCAGGAGAGUCUGCAGGUAACGGCAUGAAGAACACUCACACUCGACCGGUCAGAUCAUCUACUGCUGUAACGUGGUGCUGAGCUACCUGCGCGAGAAGGAGGCCGGGGAGAUCUCGCCAGACCUGCGCUCGCUGCAGGAGAGUCUGCAGGUAACGGCAUGAAGAACACUCACACUCGACCGGUCAGAUCAUCUACUGCUGUAACGUGGUGCUGAGCUACCUGCGCGAGAAGGAGGCCGGGGAGAUCUCGCCAGACCUGCGCUCGCUGCAGGAGAGUCUGCAGGUAACGGCAUGAAGAACACUCACACUCGACCGGUCAGAUCAUCUACUGCUGUAACGUGGUGCUGAGCUACCUGCGCGAGAAGGAGGCCGGGGAGAUCUCGCCAGACCUGCGCUCGCUGCAGGAGAGUCUGCAGGUAACGGCAUGAAGAACACUCACACUCGACCGGUCAGAUCAUCUACUGCUGUAACGUGGUGCUGAGCUACCUGCGCGAGAAGGAGGCCGGGGAGAUCUCGCCAGACCUGCGCUCGCUGCAGGAGAGUCUGCAGGUAACGGCAUGAAGAACACUCACACUCGACCGGUCAGAUCAUCUACUGCUGUAACGUGGUGCUGAGCUACCUGCGCGAGAAGGAGGCCGGGGAGAUCUCGCCAGACCUGCGCUCGCUGCAGGAGAGUCUGCAGGUAACGGCAUGAAGAACACUCACACUCGACCGGUCAGAUCAUCUACUGCUGUAACGUGGUGCUGAGCUACCUGCGCGAGAAGGAGGCCGG